ACUCUGGAUAAGCAAAUAAUUUAAAGCCAAUGCCCUUGGAUAGAUAGAGCCAUUUUGGGAGUCAUCCAUCGUUGUCAGAGAUACUUUCCACACAUGAGGAAGGUGUUCUCUCUUUGAAGGGCUAUGAUGAAGAUCCAUGAGAAGAUUCUAACCCAUUACUUGUCGAGCACCUCUCCUGUGGAUAAAGAGGGAUAUCUUUACAAAAAGAAAGAGAGAAAUAACACUUACCAGCGACGCUGGUUUGUCCUGAAGGCCAACCUACUGUUCUACCAGGAGCGUCCAGCUGAUCGCCACCUGCUGGGUCUCAUCGUCCUGGAGGGCAGUGCAGUCCACCACUGGGCCUCUGAAGGACACUAUUCCUUCUCCCUGGUCUUCCAGGGGCCCGGACUCCGAACCUACAACUUCUCAGCAGACGACCGGGUCUCUCAAGAAAGCUGGGUCACAGCCUUACUGUCAGCAAGCCACUGUUACUUAUCACUGCUGCUCCGAGACCUGGGGAAGCAGUACAAAGAAGCUAAACGGGAAAAAGGGUCCAGUGAAUCCCAUCUGGAGUCCUCUGCCAGCGGUUCAGCUGUUAAGGGCCUCAAUCAGUGUAUGGGUCCACCAGCCCCGGGUUCAUCGUUACCCACGCAAAGACAAAGACCAGUAGUAAGAGAAGGAAGGAGCCUCAGUGCCAGCCAGGUGUUGCAAGCACCCUCAAUGCCUACCAAAGUGGCAAAUAAGAAGUCGCCCAAACUUUGGCCCAGGAGAAAUGCUCUUGUCACUCCGCUAAAUGGUCCAGCACCUCUUUAUGGAGAGUGGCCAUUGGUUGGCUUGGAUCCCCUUGAGGAGUUUAGCAAACUGCAUGAGUACUAUGGCCAAGAGGUGAUGCAAGUAAAAGAAGAGUGGCUGAAGAGUCAACAGGUGGGGGAGGAGCAUGGCAGGGAGGACCUCAUAGACUUGGGCUGA